GGUUUGGCUUUGUCACUUUUGAGAAUGAAGAUGUUGUGGAGAAAGUCUGUGAGAUUCAUUUCCAUGAAAUCAAUAAUAAAAUGGUAGAAUGUAAGAAAGCUCAGCCGAAAGAAGUCAUGUUCCCACCUGGGACGAGAGGCCGGGCCCGGGGACUGCCUUACACCAUGGAUGCGUUCAUGCUGGGCAUGGGGAUGCUGGGCUACCCCAACUUUGUGGCAACCUAUGGCCGAGGCUACCCCGGAUUUGCUCCUAGCUAUGGCUAUCAGUUCCCAGGCUUCCCAGCAGCAGCGUACGGACCAGUGGCGGCAGCGGCGGUGGCAGCGGCAAGAGGAUCAGGCUCCAACCCGGCGCGGCCCGGAGGCUUCCCGGGGGCCAACAGCCCAGGACCUGUCGCCGAUCUCUAUGGCCCUGCCAGCCAGGACUCCGGAGUGGGGAAUUACAUAAGUGCGGCCAGCCCACAGCCGGGCUCGGGCUUCGGCCAUGGCAUAGCUGGACCUUUGAUUGCAACGGCCUUUACAAAUGGAUACCAUUGAGCAGGUGCUUUCGUUGCCAUCUCACUCUGAGAGCAUACCUGGAUGUCCAGGCAAGACUGGGCGAAGUUUCUGAGUGGCCCUUUGUUUAGGUGAUGUCCUCAGACCUGGACCCCCACCAGCCUCACUCCCCAUCCCAACCAGAGAUGGCUCACUUCGGAUCGAGGGUUGACUACAUCUCAUCAUCUCACGAAUCUGCUGUAAUAUAAGACAACAGCUUUUAAAUGUGUAUAUAACCCAU